AUGCCUCCCACUAUAGUCCCCACAGCAACAUGGGCACUCAAAGAAAGUCCACAUGACCCCCCUCAAAGUCCACAGAUCCCAUGCCCCCUGCACCUCCCCAGUACCACCAAAGUUCUGCAAGGAUCAGACAGAUGCCUUCGCAUGUUUCGCCUAACAGCGGCCACAUCUGGGGAAAGAAGGCCGCACCACCUCACAGCCACCAGUCCGGAGGCCAGCACCAUCUUGUCCCGCCGGGCUCACAACAGUGGGAACAUUCCUCUCCACGUCAUUGGAGAUGAAAUGCGGUCAGCCGAGGCCAAUGUAUGUGACCUUUUUUUCUUCAAGCUCUUGCCAUACUCUCGCAGAAAAUCAAAGAAACGCAGAUUACUCUGCAUCUUUUUUUUAAUACUCCUUGUUCUCCUUGUGAUUAUUUCUAUCUGGUUCUGCAUAUUUGUCUCAACCAUCGACAUCCCAAAAGAGGUUGCAUGCAGCAGACAUGCAGAACUACAACCUUACUUCAAAGGAAGAGGGGACAUUAAGCCACUUCUCAUCCUUGUCUGGACAUGGCCGUUCGGAGAGCGCUUUCCUUUGGACACUUGCCUGUCAGAGUUUGGUGUCCCUGGGUGCAACCUGACAAUAGAUAGAAAUGUCUCUGACCACGCUGAUGCUAUAAUCAUUCAUCAUUAUGAUAUAAUGCAAAGUAGAGAUUUACUGCCCAAGGGUCCAAGACCUCAUUACCAACUAUGGGUUUGGUUCAACUUUGAAUCUCCUAUUAUCAUAAAGAACCUUGAUAUGGUAGACAAUCUUAUAAACUUGACAAUGACCUAUAGACAGGACUCUGACAUCUUCAUUCCCUAUGGUUUUCUGAAGCAAAUGAAAAUACCUCAAACCUUUACCAUUCGCACCAAGACCAAGCUUGUGGCAUGGUUAGUUAGUAUGGGGUACUCCGGUAACCGUAGGACUAAGUACUAUGAAGAACUUAGGAAAUACAUCCAAAUUGAUGUCUACGGAAAGGAACACAAACCACUUAAUUGGGAAGAUUUUUCAAGCACCCUCGAACAGUAUAAAUUUUACUUAGCAUUUGAAAACUGUGGACACAAGGACUACAUUACAGAGAAGUUAUGGCGUAAUGCAUUUGGCAAUAUGAUGGUUCCUGUGGUUCUUGGAGCUACCCGGGAAAAUUAUGAACGCUUUAUACCUUCAGACUCUUUCAUUCACGUGGAUGAUUUUUCCAGCCCUAAAGAUUUGUCAGAAUUUUUGCUAGUCCUUGAUAAAGACGAUGUGAAGUACAAGCAAUACUUCAACUGGAGAUCACGUUACACUGUGGAAAGAAACAUAGGUUGGGAUACUCACUUCUGCAAAGCUUGUUCUGCUUUACAUCAGGUCAAUGGCUACCAGACUAUACCAAGCAUAAAGAAAUGGUUCCUAAACAAGUGACUAGUACUCUUCAUGCUCACACCGGUUUAAUAACGUAUUAUAAACUCUCCUCCUGUGUUAAUGUCUUCAUACUAGAAAUGUACAAAGUAUAAGACAGUUUAAUUUAUAGAUUUUUUUUAAUAGAAAGGUAGACCAGGUUCUCCAAAAUGUAUACCUCAGUCCAAGGACUCAACAGUCUAACU